AGGGAAGUGGGAGGUUAGCAUAGCAGACAAGAGAAACACUCCAGUCCUGAGUGUCGCUCCACGUCAGUGUUUGUUCCCGUAGAGGACUUAAAUUGCUCUGUCUGUACUCAUGAGGAUUUACGGUGUACUGGCAUCAUGAGUGAGUGUUUGCACCUCUGUAAUCACAUGUAAAUUUUUGCUCCAGCUGUGGGGGGUUGGGGGACAUAUUUCAGGGAAGGGCGUGGAUUUCUUCGGAAACACAAACCUCAUUGAGAUAGGUUGCGGUUGUGCUGCUUCUCUAUGAAAGCUUUGGCUGGUGGUCUUUACCGUAAAUGUGUGCACAGAAAAAAAGAAAAGGGAAACUCCCAAGAGGCCUUGUUUUGGAUUUGGAAAUGGUUCAGAAAGUAUUUUUGAAUGAAAAUGGCUAGUGUGAUCAUAUUUUUUUCUGUAUUUGGGACUCAAGAUUUAUAAAACAAACAAGUAGGGCCUUAUUUUUAAGCUUCAGUAUCGUCAGAGGCAUGAUAGGUGCUGUAACUAUGGCAGCUGUUUGAAAAAGGAAAAUGAAAAGAACAUCUAGAUUAUUCAGAAAACGUUGAAAAAGACUGGUAAACCCACACAUACAAGGUUUACUUUUUCCUGCACAGAGGAAUUUUGAACAGCUAAGAGGUUUAUUCAGAUCCAGAAGAAAAUGACAAGCAUUAGAAUGAUUUUUUUAAUGCAUUUAUGUUUACCAGAGUUUUGUUUAUCAAAUGCUUAACUUGUGACAGACUACAGACUGCACCAGAAGUGAAAGUGAAACUUUGUAAGAGGUAGUGAUGAAUGGCUUCAGAGCCAGUGGCACUGAUAAAAAGGCAGGAGGCCGAGCUCAAGAUGUCCAUAUAUUAAUCGAGAGUGAGAGUGACCAGGAUGAACAAGGUCAAAAAUGAGUACAUCAGAGGGAUAGCUCAACUUGAGCAAGGGUCGAGGCUGCGAUGGUUUGGACAUGUGCAGAGGAGGCUUGAUGGACAUAUUGGACAAAGGACGCUGAAUAUGGAGACGAGGAGGUGUGACAGAAGAGGAUGCUAGUUAUAGGCUGAGAUGGAGACAGAUGAUCUACCGUAGUGAGCCCUAAAGUGAACAAGAAGAAGAAGAAGAUGAAAUGAAGAGUAAACAAACAGAGGAAGAAAUGGAAAGAGACAAGCGACAGAUGGGGACAGUUUUUGUAGCACGAGGUGAAGUCCUGUAACGACAGCGCUGAGAAACCUGAGUAAACGGAUUACCACAGUUGGCUGCGGUAGGUGUCCUUCCCCUCCAGCUUCACCUGUCAAAUCCUGAAAGUCUGAACCGAAUCAAAGUCAACCUUCACCUUACUUGUCCCAAACCAGUAGAUAUUAGACUCUGAGUUUCUGUAUGUGGUAUUUGAGGUGAAAAUAAUUUUUCUCAGAUUCACUAACCAAGAUUAAUUCCACAUUUUCUGUGCUAGACCUCUCCAUGGUCUCAUCCACAAGGAUAAUAAAGGAGUUCAUAGUUUACACCCUUUGAAUCAUUAUGGAGUAUUAGUCACAUUUCAAGCUGUGUUAACUUUUGUAUCUCUGAAUAAUAGUCUAUGCUUUGCUGCACUGUAGAUAAGCAACAGUUAACAGCAAGGAACUGGUUUUUCCUGUAGGGGUGAGAUGCUUUAUAUUUAACGUGAGAUGAACUGUAGCUAAAGAAAUAUGAUACUCAACCUUAGCCUUCAUGCCUCAUGUGAGGGGUAAGUUGAUCCACCUGACACACUCAAAAAAAACGAUUCUUUGUCCUCAAUAAACACGAAGCACUAAUUUUGAGUAGAAUGCUACUGAGAUAGAUAAAAUCAAAUGUUUAUUUAGCCAGAUAAUGACAGCCAGAUUCAUUCACUGAAUUCCACCUUCAGACCAACUGUAUAAUCUGUAGUAUAAAGACAGUCUAGGCAGUAUCCUGUCACGGAUGAUAAUCAGCCAGGACAACUCAUGAAACAUCUGCUUGCAUGUUGUUGAAAUCAGCUGUGUACAUUCACAAAGAGCAUCAAACCUAUUCUGUAUUUAAAAUAUUAAAAAUAAUAUUCAUUGUUAUGAUGCAAUAUGAAUUUUAGGAUCACAUAUUUGUCUAAGCUUCUCUCCAAACUUUAUGCUCAUUUUACUCCACAGCCACUAGUUUGGGAAAAAAAAGUGCUUCUGACAAACAAGAGCAACGUUUUUACCAAAGUUGUGACGUAAAUGUGAUAAACAGGCAACAAACAAAGCUGAUUUAUAGAUUAGUGGAGAAAAUAGAAAGAAAUAUAUCUACUCCAAAAAUAAACCUAAAUGUUUUUGUAAUUAUGACAACAGUAUUUACUGUGUGACACUGUAGGUACAUCCCAACCCCAGUCACCAGUAAAUAUAUAUAAUAAUAUAAUAAUAAUAUAUAUAUACAGCUGAUCAUCAACAAUUCAACAAAUCUGCUCCUGCAGACUUGUUGCACACUACAACAGAUGGAGCACUUGCGCUGUAUUUAAGAAAGCUAAUCUGUAAAUCAGAUUGGGAGCGUCCACAUCAAUCGGACUUCGAUGAAUCAUGUGUUCAAGUGAAAAGCCACUGGACCAUCUGGGCCAUCUGAACCAUCUGGCCAUGAAGCCGUGAUUCCUCCUGAUGUAAAACUAUUUUCCUAGGAGGUCAGUGUGCUGAGUGAGGUGACAGAGGACGUGCAGAAGGUUUGCUUCUGGCUGUGACUUUGGGAUAAAAUAAGGAAAAGGAUGGCAGCUAUGUACCGAUCACCCUCUCUGGGAAACAAAGAAUUAGUGGCUCUGUAUGGAGAGGAAAGAGAUCAUUAUUUUGACAAGGAUGAGGACUGUAUCAGUGAGGAAUGUGACCUGGACUCGGAGUGCAGUGAGGAAGGAAAAGACGGGAGAGGAAUUCGCAGCUCUCUGUCACUGGAAAUCGUUGGUCUGCAGAGGGAGCAGCAUGUUUACUUCUCCAACCAGGAGUACUACAGGAGGCUGGAGGAGCUGAAGAGCAAUCACCUGAGGAACAUGGCUGAGUUGGAGAGGAUGUACAUCAGCCAAGGCAAGGAAAGGCAUGGAGGGGGUGAUGACGCAUGUCUGGGAAGAAACAAAGAGGCCAGGCAGCUCCUCAGUGGCCCUGCCAGGAGACUCCAGAGGAUCAAUUCCCAGGAGGAGCUGGACUUCCAGGAGUCAUCAAGUGGCUCGGACCAGUCGGAGCUCUGUGGAGAGGACAGCAUUGGGGAGCUGGACUGGACUCCCAGCCAGGAGCAAAUUUUUGAGAGAGACGUGCUGCUGAGCCCAGAGAAGAUGACGAGCCAGAACCGGUUUCGCUUCCAGCCCAAUACCUCCUGUCCGAAACCGCAGGCAAGAGUGUCCGAUCAAACUGGUGCCAGAAUUCUGCCCAACUCCAAAGUCACUGUUCCCAAACCUUUCCAGAUGAUGCUAAGAGAAGAGGAGAGGAAGAAGCACAGAGUGCGCACACGUUCGGAGAUUGAGCUGGAGAACACGCUGCUGAGGCAGGAGUUGGAAGAGCUCCGAGAAUGCCAGAAAAAGUUCCGGGCGUCACCUGCUCCGGCACACAUACACCUGCCUCUCUAUGAAAUUAUCAGCCGUCGCAAUAGUCAACGGUCAAACCAAAGCAGAAGCAACACCAACAAUAACAGGAACAUGGAUGCUACAAGCACCCAGACCUCUACUGCACUCUCACCACAGCCUUUUCAGUUUUUGGAGAGAGAAAGGAGGAAGAAGGAGGCCAGGAUUGUGGCAGAGCUUGGAAAGUUUGGUGAGAGAAUUGAGCGACAUAACUUCAAGGCAAAGCCAAUGCCCACAUCUAUUUAUGGCACCAGACACAGAGAGGGCACCAUGACUACAAGCCAUGAUCCCUACACUCAAAUCUUCUACAAAAUGGAAAGAGAAGCUAAUGAGAGCCAAAGUGAUCAAAGCUCAGACCUGGAGCUUCAUAUGCACCAAUCCGACUCCUCUCUCGACUCCUGCAGGUCCCAAAGAAGUCCUUCUUCCAAGCCAAUGAAGAAGCAAAUACAGCUGUCCAUUGAGAUGGUGAAGGAGAGAGAGACCCCUAUCACUGACCCCAGCGGCUGCAACAUCUGCUUGUCUCAACAGCUGGGUGGCCCAGAGCUUCUGCUCAGUAACAAAGGUGUUCUCAGUGUGUGACAAAGUGUUUAAAACUCACAGCAAAAAGGGAGACGAGGAGCAGUUACAUCUACACUGUUUUUGAGUUAGUUUUACAAUGCAGGCAAGUCAACAUGGUUUCUAGUUGCUCUUGAUCAAACAAUAAAACACGGUUAAAGAAA